AUGCCUAUUGGCACUAAGAUCUUUAUUCCUUUGCGCGGACGCGUCGGCAUCCGGUCCUUCUCGUCAUCCCGGGCCCGCUGGGAGUCCGUCGCGCCGCUACCGUCAAGCAAGCCCGUGGGAGCCUUCCGAGGAGGUGUCUUUGGGUUCCUGGCUGGAUCUGUCGCUGCUGGUGCUUCGGUGUACUAUUACAUCCUUGGAGAGUACCGACUCGCCAAUGAGAUGCUGUCUGAUGACAUUUCGGCACUUCAAAAGGCCACCAUCAAGCUCCAGUCAUACAUCACAGAACUAGAAUGCAGGGUUGAUCAGCUACACAAGAAAUGA